AUGUCGCUGAUUGCUGGUCUCGAUAGAAGGAAAUAUGUAUCAACAAAGUUCCGGAAAUGGAAUGGGGGAGAAUUGGGAGGGCGGGAGUUAGUUGCUGGGGUUGCUAGACAUGACAGCAACACCUACUACGACACUAACAAAUUCUACACCAAAUACUACUAUUACGACAAAUACUACUUCUAUUAUUACGACAACCACAACAAUUACUACAACAAUAUUUCUUUUACAAAAUCGAUAUCUACCACUGGCACUAAUAUAACAACUACUACUUCUAUGUCACCUACGACAACUACUACUAAUACAACUAGUACAAUUACUACGAAAAAUCUACUAGAACUACUGCUACAACUAAUACUACUAACACAGCUACUACUACAGCAGAAAAAAACUACCAAGACUACAACAACAAAUACGACUACUGCGACAAAAACAACUUCUACUACAAUAACUACUACAACAACCACUAAUGCUUCUACUAAAACAUCGAUAACUACUACGACCACUACUACUGCUUCAAAUAGAACUAAUACUAUUACGACAACAAAUACUACUACAACUAUUACUACUAGAAAAAUUACAACUACGCCAAUUUCAAUAACUAUUACUACUGGAACGAUAACAUUUACUACAGCAACUACUACAAGAACUACUGGUAUUAAGUCAAAUACUGCAACUACGAAAACAACUACUAUUACGACAACACCUACUACAAAAACUACUACUACGACAACUACGACAACUAUUACUAAUAUGACAAAAACUACUGCUACUACGACAACUAUUAAUAAUACAAUAACAACAACUACUACAACUACAUCUACUAUGAAAACAACAACUACUAAUAUGAUGACAACAACUACUACUACAAUAAAAAUUACUUCUACGACAACUACUACUAGGACAACAACUACUACUGCUGCGACAACAAAUACUACUGAAACUACUACUAUUAAAACUACUACUACUCGGACAACUACUACAACAACAACAAAUACUACAACUACGAGAAAAACAACUUCUACUACAACUACAACUACUACAACUGCUUCUGUUAAAAAAAAAUCGAUAGCUACUAGUACCAUUACAACAACUACUACUAUUACGACAACAAAUACUAGUACAAUUUCUACAACUAGCACAAGUACAACUAAGACAGCUACUACGACAACUACUACAAUUAAUACUACUAGAAAGACAACAUCUACUACUACAACAACUACUACAAGAACUACUAGUAUUACGUCAACUACUACAUCUACGAAAACAACUACUACUAUGACAACUACUACUAUUAGUACAACUACUACAGCUAAAACUACUGCAACUACUUCUACUAGGAGAAAUACUACUACUACUAUUAGGAUAAAUACUACUAUUUCAACAGCUACCAUUAUGAGAAUUAUUACUACUACUACUUCUAUUACAACAACGAUAACUACUAAUACCACUACUACAACUACUAUGUCAACUACUCCAACUACUACUACUGCAACUACAACUACUAUGACAAUAACUAGUACAACUACUACUACUAAUAAAACAAACACUAAUAUAAAAACUAUUACUACUCGAACAACUACUACUAGUCCAAAAAACAACUACUACAACUACUACGCCAACAACUACAACAACAACUACUAUUAUGUCAACUAG